CCUGCCCCCUGCCCCCAGCUCCCCAAAGCUUCCUGGAAAUCUCCUCGUUAUCACUUCCCCUCUGCGGCUGGGGCCGGGAGCGGGCCGUCUUCUCCGCCCCCCGGCGCCCACUGUUCCUCUGGCGCGCUCGCUCGCUGGCGCCGCCGCGCCGCAGUCCUCGAACAGCGGCACAGGGGUUUACGGCUGAGUCCCGGUUUACAGCGGAGUCCAGCCUUGCAGCUCCGCCGGGCGCCGAGCGCUCAGGUUCCGCCGCGAGGCGCCACAGUCCGCGCCCGCGCCCGCGCCUCCGCCGGCCUGGCCAUGAGGGUCCUCGGUGGGUGCUGCGGUACGCUGCUCGCGUGCCUCGUCGUAGUGCUUCCCAUCGCUGAGACAAACUUUUUGUCAAAGCAACAUGCUUCACAAGUUCUGGUUAGGAAACGCCGUGCAUAUUCUUUCCUUGAAGAAACCCAAAAAGGUAAUCUUGAAAGAGAGUGCAUUGAAGAACUGUGCAAUAAAGAAGAAGCCAGAGAGAUCUUUGAAAAUAACCCUGAAACGGAGUAUUUUUAUCCAAGAUAUUUAGUUUGUCUUGGCUCUUACCGAGCUGGAUUAUUCACUGCUGCCCGUCAGUCGACUAAUGUUUACAGUGACCUAAGGAGCUGUGUCAAAGCUAUUCCAGACCAGUGUAAACCUCUGCCAUGCAAUGAAGAUGGAUAUGUGCGCUGCAGAGAUGGCGAAGCCACAUUCACUUGCAUUUGUCGAUCGGGUUGGCAAGGACAGAAGUGUGAACUUGAUAUAAAUGAAUGCAAAAAUCCCUUAAAUAUGAACGGAGGUUGCAGUCAGAUUUGUGAUAAUACACCUGGAAGUUACCAAUGUUCCUGCAAAACUGGUUUUGUUCUACUUGCAAAUAAAAAAGACUGCAAAGAUGUGGAUGAAUGCUCUGUGAAACCUGGCAUUUGUGGCACAGCUGUGUGCAAGAACAUCCCAGGAGACUUUGAAUGUGAAUGUGCUGAAGGUUACAGAUACAAUCCCACAUCAAAGUCUUGUGAAGAUGUGGAUGAAUGCUCUAACAACAUGUGUGCUCAACUUUGUGUCAAUUACCCUGGAGGUUAUUCUUGUUACUGUGAUGGGAGGAAAGGAUUCGUACUUGCACCAGAUCAGAGAAAUUGUGAGGCUGUUCCAGUGUGCCUUCCCUUGAACCUUGACAAAAAUUAUGAACUACUUUACUUGGCAGAGCAGUUUGUAGGGGUUGUUUUAUAUCUAAGAUUUCGCUUACCAGAUGUCAUCAGAUUUUCAGCCACAUUUGAUUUCCGAACAUAUGAUUCAGAAGGUGUUAUACUGUAUGCAGAAUCUCUUGACCACUCAGCUUGGUUCCUGAUUGCAGUUCGUGAUGGAAAGCUUGAAAUUCAGUUUAAGAAUGAACACACAACCCAGAUCACAACUGGAGGCCAAGUUAUUAAUAAUGGUGUAUGGAAUAUGGUCUCUGUGGAAGAAUUAGAAAAGAGUAUUAGUGUGAAAAUAGCUAAAGAAGCCACAAUGAAUAUAAAUAUACCUGAAAGCCUUUUUAAGUCUACAAAUGGAUCUGUAGAAACCAAAGUAUAUUUUGCAGGAUUACCUCGGAAAGUGGAGGAUACACUCAUUAAACCGAUUAAUCCUCGUCUAGAUGGAUGUAUACGAGGCUGGAAUUUGAUGAGUCAAGGAACUUCAAAAGUAGAGAAAGUUAUUAAAGAAAAACAAAAUAAACAUUGUUUUAUCACUUUGGAAAAAGGUUCCUACUAUCCUGGUUCUGGAGCUGCUCAAUUUAACAUAGAUUAUUACAAUGUAUCGAAUCCUGAGGCUUGGCAAGUAAAUGUGUCUUUGAAUAUUCGCCCAUCUAUGGGUACUGGAGUUAUGUUUGCCUUGGUUUCUGGUGACACAGUGCCUUUUGCCUUGUCCUUGGUUGACUCCUCCUCUGAAAAGCUUCAGGAUAUCCUGGUAUCUGUUGAAAAUGUGGUAAUAUCUCGGAUAGAGGCCAUAAGUCUGUGUUCCAAUCAACGUUCCCAUCUGGAAUUCAGAAUCAACAGGAAAAGUCUGCAGCUGUCAACUCCACUGAAAGAUGAUGUCAUCUACUCUGAAGAUCUUCAAAGACAAUUUGGCAUCUUGGACAAAGCAAUGAAAGGAACGGUAGCCACUUACCUGGGUGGCCUUCCAGUUGUUCCAUUCAAUGUGACACCAGUGGAUGCCUUUUAUAAUGGCUGUAUGGAAGUGAACGUUAAUGAUGUACAGCUGGAUCUGGAUGAAGCCAUUUUUAAACACAAUGAUAUCAGAGCUCACUCAUGUCCAUCAGUUUUGGAAAACAAAAAGAGUCCUUAAGUCAUCUUUUCUCUGCUGCUAACAUCUUUCUCCUGGCUGUAAUUAAUACUUACGUUUCAAUAACUGUUAAAGGGUUUUACUUACAGAUGGGCAGACCUUGAUUAUUCUAUAGUACUUGGACCUUCUUGGAAUUUUAAAAAGGUCCUUUUUCAAGAAAGCAAGAUGCUCUUGUGAUAUAAAUCACAUUAAAAAAAUUCUUACCUCCAUUGCUGUCUAGAAAUUAAAUAAUGAAAAACAUAAAAAA